CCGGGGCCGCAGCCUGGGUAGCUGCCGCCGCCGCCGCCGCGCCUGCUGAGAGAUGGCGGUCUUGGGCGCCGAAGGCUGAGGGCGCCCGCCUGUGGAGGAGGCGCCGCCGCCGGGGCCGCCGGGAGCCGACGGCUUCGCGCCGGGUUGUCUCCUCACUAGACUAUGAGCUCCGUGGAAGAAGGAACCGUGUCUUACUCAUCUUUAUAUCUCCAGUACCUAGAACAGUUCCUGGUACAAAGUAUUUUUUGAUUCACUUGAUCUGUAGAAAAUCAGCGUGUGUUGAAAUCACCCACAUCAAUGAUUUAAGCUGAAUUUUGGGACAUGGCCACUGCUUCACCAAGAUCUGAUACUAGUAAUAACCACAGUGGAAGGUUGCAGUUACAGGUAACUGUUUCUAGUGCCAAACUAAAAAGAAAAAAGAACUGGUUUGGAACAGCAAUAUAUACAGAAGUAGCUGCAGAUGGAGAAAGUAAGAAAACAGCAAAAUCCAGUAGUUCUUCUAAUCCAAAAUGGGACGAACAGCUAACUGUAAAUGUGACCCCACAGUCUACAUUGGAAUUUCGAGUUUGGAGUCAUCAUACUAUAAAAGCAGAUGCUUUGUUAGGAAGAGCAACAGUGGAUUUGAAACAAGCUCUGUUAAUACACAAUAGAAAAUUGGAAAAAGUGAAAGAACAAUUAAAACUUUCCUUGGAAACCAAGAAUGGUGUCGUGCAAACUGGUGAAUUAACAGUUGUGCUUGAUGGACUGGUGAUUGAGCAAGAAAGCAUAACAAACGGCAGCUCAUCUCCAGCCAUAGAAGUACAGCAAAAUGGUGAUGCCUUACAUGAAGACAGAGAACCUUCAGCAAGGACAACCACCAGGUUGGCUGCUGAAGAUACUGAUGGGAUAGAUAAUCACGUACCUGCAAACACUGUAGUACAGAACUCAUGCUGUCCACAUGUAGUCAAUGGGGACAACACGCCGUCUCCAUCUCAGGUUGCUGCCAGACCCAAAAACACACCAGCUCCCAAACCACUCACAUCUGAGCCUGCCAAUGACACUGUUAAUGGAGACCCACCCUCGCCUGCACCAGCCGACAGCGCUUCCAGCACGGGCACUGCAGUGGUGCCUGGAGAGCCCGCCCCGCCUUCAGACCGCACCAGUGCUCCUGUCGGAGGCCCUCCGGUUCAAGAGACACUGACCUCCUCGGAAGACAGUGAAUGCACGGUCUCUAGCAGUGCAGCCUUUGGGUCUGAAGCUCAAAAUACGUUAGAUCCUUCCAUCUCCAGUUCUGCAAGUAGCUCUGCGUUUGAAGCAGCCAAAUUAAGACAGCCGGAUGGAUGUAUGGAACCUGUCCGACAGCAGUCUGGAAGUACCAACACAGAAACGCUGCCAUCAGGGUGGGAACAGAGAAAAGAUCCUCACGGUAGAACCUACUACGUGGAUCAUAACACACGGACGACCACAUGGGAGAGGCCACAGCCUCUGCCUCCAGGUUGGGAAAGAAGAGUGGAUGACCGGGGAAGAGUAUACUAUGUGGACCACAACACCAGGACGACCACCUGGCAGCGGCCCACCAUGGAGUCGGUGCGGAACUUCGAGCAGUGGCAGUCGCAGCGGAGCCAGCUGCAGGGCGCCAUGCAGCAGUUCAACCAGCGCUACCUGUACUCGGCUUCAAUGUUAGCUGCAGAAAAUGACCCAUACGGGCCUUUGCCACCAGGCUGGGAAAAAAGAGUGGAUUCAACAGACAGAGUUUACUUCGUGAAUCAUAACACAAAAACAACCCAGUGGGAAGAUCCCAGAACUCAAGGUUUGCAGAAUGAAGAACCGCUGCCAGAAGGUUGGGAAAUUCGGUAUACCCGGGAAGGUGUGAGGUACUUUGUUGAUCAUAAUACAAGAACAACAACAUUCAAAGAUCCUCGCAAUGGGAAGUCAUCUGUAACUAAAGGUGGUCCACAGAUUGCCUAUGAACGCAGCUUCAGGUGGAAACUUGCUCACUUCCGUUACUUGUGCCAGUCUAAUGCCCUACCCAGUCAUGUAAAGAUCAAUGUGUCCCGGCAGACAUUGUUCGAAGAUUCCUUCCAACAGAUUAUGGCAUUAAAACCCUAUGACUUGAGGAGGCGAUUAUAUGUAAUAUUUAGAGGAGAAGAAGGACUUGAUUAUGGUGGCCUAGCAAGAGAAUGGUUUUUCUUGCUUUCACAUGAAGUUUUGAACCCCAUGUAUUGCUUAUUUGAGUAUGCUGGCAAGAACAACUACUGUCUACAGAUAAAUCCAGCAUCAACUAUUAAUCCAGACCAUCUUUCAUACUUUUGUUUCAUUGGUCGCUUUAUUGCUAUGGCUCUUUUUCAUGGGAAGUUUAUUGAUACUGGUUUCUCGUUACCCUUCUACAAGCGUAUGCUAAGUAAAAAACUGACUAUUAAGGAUUUGGAAUCGAUCGAUACUGAAUUUUAUAAUUCCCUUAUCUGGAUAAGAGACAACAACAUUGAAGAAUGUGGCUUAGAAAUGUACUUUUCUGUUGACAUGGAGAUUUUGGGGAAGGUUACGUCACAUGACCUGAAGUUGGGAGGUUCCAAUAUCCUAGUGACAGAGGAGAACAAAGAUGAAUAUAUUGGUUUAAUGACUGAGUGGCGUUUUUCUCGAGGAGUACAAGAACAGACCAAAGCUUUCCUUGAUGGCUUUAAUGAGGUUGUUCCCCUUCAGUGGCUGCAGUACUUUGAUGAAAAAGAAUUGGAGGUUAUGUUGUGUGGCAUGCAGGAGGUUGACCUGACAGAUUGGCAGAGAAACACUGUGUAUCGACAUUAUACCAGAAACAGCAAGCAGAUCAUUUGGUUUUGGCAGUUUGUGAAGGAGACAGACAAUGAAGUGAGAAUGCGACUCCUGCAGUUUGUCACUGGAACCUGCCGUUUACCUCUAGGAGGAUUUGCUGAGCUCAUGGGAAGUAAUGGGCCUCAAAAAUUUUGCAUUGAAAAAGUUGGCAAAGACACUUGGUUACCAAGAAGCCACACAUGUUUUAAUCGCUUGGAUCUACCACCGUAUAAGAGUUACGAACAACUAAAGGAGAAACUUCUUUUUGCGAUAGAGGAAACAGAGGGGUUUGGACAAGAAUGAGCGGCUUCUUGUCUCGGAGGAGCUCUUGCGUUCAAAUCCCCCAGCCAAGAAGAGUUGCACAGAUAGUGUACAUAAGCUGUUCAUUCUGUACAGUGAAUUUUCUGAACCUCUCAAAAGUAUAAAUGUUUUCCGUUCUUCCACAGAAAUAUGCAAAACAGCUCAUCCUUUUCUACUUUAUUUAUUGUUCCCUUGAAAUGACUGACCAGGAAAAAAAAAAAAUCCUUAAAUUUUGAAGCAAGCAAGAGACUUUAUUAAAAAUAACUAUAUGUCUAUAUACGCAUCUAUGAUGGUGGCUCUAGUUUUAUAGAGCUCAGAGAGUAUUAAGCGUGGCAGCCGCCCGUCCGACAGCGGUCUGGGUCUGCUCCGCCUUGUGUAUGUCGUCCGGGGAGAGUGCAGGUUGCCCUGUGUGUUCUCCCUGAUGGAACAUCUCUUGAGGGUGUUUAGUCGCAUGGCUGUUCAGGAAGGCAUUAAGGGCUUAGGCCAAAAUCUUAGUUUGAAUAUGUUAAAAAAGUGCUGCUGGCUUUUCUUAAGAUGGGUGCUUGAACCUGUCAGUUUAUUUUAAAUAAAUACAGUAGUUGAAAAAUUUCCCUCUUUGCCACAUCACUAAUACAAAGUCACUAAUGAAACUGUAACUUGUAUGAGUGACUCAUAUACUAGAUGGUCUACCUUUUAGUUUGUCCUGGGAAUUGGAGAGAAUCCACCGAGCAGCGUCGAGGUUCGUUUACAUGUUACUUUGGGACGCCAGGUGUUUGUGGGAUUAAAAAGAAUCAGGCACUUCUGUACUUUAGCUUUAAAGUCUAUGAUGUUCUAAAAUACAGAAUAAAUUGAUGUAAUUUGAUACUUAGGAACAUAUAAAAAGGCAAUGUGAACUUUUCUGCUUUUGUGUUUGAAAUUUUGGUUUUAUAAAACCAGAUGGAUUGAAGACUUACAUAAGCAUCUAAAUAUUCAAAUAAGUCUAAUGAUUUCCUAUUACAGUUUGAAUAUCUUCAUUCCUCUUAAAUUCAUGAAAGUUCUAUGUAUCUGAAUAAGCAUAUAAAAAAUAUUUUGGUCUUCCCCCCUUUUUAUAUAAAUUAUUAUUUUUGUCCUAGGUAAACACUUUGUUUUUCAUUAUCAAAGACAUUUACUGAACUACAAAAAUGUAUAACAAUCUGAUGUGAAUGACAUUAAUGCUGCUUUAGCAAGUGGGGCUUCCUUAUUAAUAUAAAAAUUUAAAUUUC